CUCCUCCUGCCUGCAGGUGGAAGCUCCUGAGGACCAACCAGUGUCCCCUGCCUGAGAGGUCACAGAUGGCCACGUCCCCAAAAUCCUGCCUCCCGGGGGGCCUACUCGUCCUUCUCCUGCAGCUGCCCUGGAUACGUGCAGCUCCCUUCGAGGUGGUGGCCCCGGCGGAGCCUGUCCUGGCCCUGGUGGGCGAAGACGCCGAGCUGCCCUGCCGCCUGUCCCCGAACGUGAGCGCGGCACACAUGGAGCUUCGCUGGUUCCGGGGCACCUUCUCCCCCGCCGUGCUGGUGUUCGUGGACGGGCGUGAGCAGGACAGGGAGCAGACGGCUGAGUUCCAUGGGCGGGCCACGCUGGUGGCCGACGGCAUCCCCGAGGGCCGUGCCACCCUGAGGAUCCGCGGGGUCAGGGUCUCUGACGCUGGCCAGUACCAGUGCCUCUUCAGGGAGGACAGGCACACUGCAGAGGCCACCGUGCAGCUGAGGGUGGCUGCUCUGGGCUCGGACCCCGUCGUCCACACGGAAGUCCAGGCGAGUGGGGAGAUCCGGCUGCAGUGCAGCUCCACAGGAUGGUACCCCGCACCCCAGGCGCAGUGGCGGACGCCGACGGGGGAGGAGCUCCCCGCCACACAGGAGGCCAGCAGCCCUGAUGCAGACGGCCUGUUCGCUGUAGCCACGUCCGUGGUCCUUGGAGACUCCUCCCUGCGGAAUGUGUCCUGCCACAUCCAGAACCCGCUCCUGGGCCAGCAGAAGGAAGAGGGGGUUCUCCUACCAGCCCCCGUCCGGCCCAGGCUGGCGCCCUGGGUGCUGGCUGUGGCUGUCACCCUCGUGGUCCUGGGACUGCUCACCAUCGGCUCCAUGUUUUUCAUUUGGAGAUUAUACAAGGAGAGACCCAGGGAGACGGAGAAGGGAUUCGGCCCUCAGGAGAGACUGCUGGAAGAGCUCAGGUGGAAAACGGCUUCACUGCACGCAGUGGAUGUGACUCUGGACCCCGAUACGGCCCACCCUCACCUCUUCCUGUACGAGGACGCGAAGUCUGUCCGGCUGGAGGACACACGUCAGAGACUGCCCGAGAAAAAAAAGUGGCCCUGCGUGCUGGGCCGGGAGGCCUUCACCUCGGGGAGGCACUUCUGGGAGGUGGAGGUGGGGGACAGGACGGACUGGGCGGUUGGCGUGUGUCGGGAGAACGUGGCCAAGAAGGGCUUCGACCCCAUGACCCCCGAGAACGGGUUCUGGGCCGUGGAGCUCUACGGGAACGGGUACUGGGCCCUCACGCCUCUGCGGACCCCUCUCCCGCUGGCAGGAGCCCCCCCCCGGGUGGGGGUUUUCCUGGACUACGAGUCAGGAGCCGUGUCCUUCUACAACACGGAGGACGGCUCCCACAUCUACACCUUCCCCCAGGGCUCCUUCUCCGGCCCCCUGCGGCCCUUCUUCUGCCUGUGGUCCUGUGGGAAGAAGCCCUUGACCAUCUGCCCAGUGGCGGGCGGGCCUGUGGGGGUCUCUGUGACCGCCACUGCUCCGGACCUUUCUAAGGAGAUGGCGCUGUGCCCCCUGGGGGAGGACCCUGCCUCUGCAAGUGUGGACACUCUCCACUCCAAACUGAUCCCCACGCACCCCAGCCCAGUCACUCCCUAGGGAGCCCCGGCUCUGGUUCUGGCCCCCUCUGGUUCUGGCC